AUGCCAGAGGAAAAUGAAAACCCUCUGCAGUCUGUUAAGGAGGACACUGGAACUGGCAAAACCCAAGGUGCUUUCUGGCUUCAGUCUCUUGUUACUGAUGCGGUCCAUGGCAAAGGGUUUCACGUAAUAGAAGAAUAUCUGCAGCAGAAAGAGAGCUAUGUGCCUCAAAAAUAUAACCACCUCUUCCUGCACCAUCUUGACAGAUCAAUAAAUGAGGAACUGGAUACAAAGGAGUUCCAGAAUUGUUCCCUGCUGCUGAAAUGUAUCCAGAGAUUCCUUAAAGACGAUGGGGCCCAAAAGGAACCCUUGUUAAUUCAGCAAGGACUGAUCCCAAAGAUGGUUUCCUGGUUUGAAACGGUAACAGGAUUUCUGACAACAAAAGACAUGGCCUCAGAUGUACUGCUGAUGAAGGCGUUGGGAGACUUCCUUGACACUGCACUGAUCAUUUCCAGGCACAGCAGGAAAGGGACAAUCCAGAUGCUGGAUUCCUUCAUACUUAGUUUAGGACGGCUGGUGGCGGACGGCACCGUGGAGCUCUCCAUUCAUCAGGAGGUGCUGAGUACUCUGAACUGCAUUUUGGACGCUGCACCCCGGGAAGAGAGAAGAAAGCUCUCUUCAGCAGAAGGCACGUGCAGUCUUAUGAAAGAAUUGGCAAGGACAAUCUUGACCGUGGGAGAUUAUAACCAGCAGGUUGCUCUAUCGGAGGCAUUGUGUAGAAUGACCAUCGGAACACUGAGGAAUGAGCUUGCUCUUCAGUGGUUUGAUGAUGCAGUCCUGGCUGAAGCUUUCAAAGAAAUUAAGAACCGGGAUUUUGAGACGGACUGUCGCCAGUUUCUCAAUUUCCUGAACAACCGACUUGGAGAUGAGAGAAGGGUCUACUCAUUCCCAUGUGUGGCUGCUUUUGCUGAUGAGCAGGAGUUGAGAAAACCAGCAGAUGAAAAACUAGAGGAAUUUUGGAUUGAUUUCAAUCUAGGAAGCCGGAGUGUGACAUUUUACAUAGAUAAUGAAGAGAGUGCUUUGUGGGAGCCAGUACACCUUCCAAAGGAAGCAGUGCUCAGGUUCAGCGUAACAGAAAAUGACAGGAUGAAGAUGUUCAUCAUUUACCUGAAGGAGCCAAUUAUUAUCAGCAAGAAAGAAGCAAAGACAAUAGAAAUCCACUUCAACGGGCAACUUGACAUAUCACAAGCUUCACUUCGAGCUUUGGGAGGGAACAAACAGGUGGCUUCAUUUCAGACUCCUGUUUUGAUACAAGUUUCCCCUGGCCUUGAAAAAGAAGAUGGUGAGAUUCCUAGCAGCCCCAAACAAGAAGCAGAGCACGCAGAAGAAUCCACAGCCCUGCCAGGGUUCAUGGAUGAUGAAGAUGACCGUUGCAUCAUUACUCGCAGCUUGAAUGUUCAAUCAGAGCUUGCUGUGAGUAAAGGGAGCUGGGAAAAGAAGACACAUUCAGAAGACAGUUCACCUGAAACACUAAAACCACAGGACCCCAAGCAAGAAAUUACUUCAAAACAUGAGCAUUCUUCACACGUGCAGGAAUCACCAGUUCAAACCCAGGCUUCUCAAUCAGAUGAUGCGAAGGACAAUUCUGCCUUCAAGAGGGACAGAGAACAAGACAGGAGGAUGCCGUUUAAUUACAGGAAACAUCACUUUUUUGAGAGUAAUGAAGAUUCAAGUUCAAGUGCCAGCGAACGCUCUUGGACCCAGAAUUACAAACGGAAAUCCCUAAGAACAUAUUCCCAGAGAAGGAAGCCAAGAGUCAGGUCUCUAAGGAUCCUACCGCUUUCCCCCAUCAGUAGUGGCAGAGCUCGUGAGAAAGAUCAGGUUACACUAACACCAGUAUGGAAAGGCAUCUCCAGGCAAAAUGAUACCAUUCUUCCACCAUCUUCUCAGACACAACUACAAGGUAGUUCUGAGCUUUUAACGCUUGUGGCAUCUACACCGAAAACAGAGAUGCCAGAUGGAAGUAUUGCUGCCCCGAAGCAAUCAAGAUUAGAAGAUGCUCCAGGAUCCCCCGCUGUGACAGAUAUUUCUACUCCAUCCCAAGAAGAUGUGCCAGAGAGCGCAAAUAGCUCUGCUUUGAAAACAGCCCUUGAGAACUUCACUAGAGACAUGAAAAGAAAAUUUGAGCUCAAGCAGAAAGAAAUUCCACUUUCUUCAGAGAAGGCGAAGGACAUGCCAGGCUGCCUCGUCAGACUUUGGAACCAGAUAUACACGCACAGACUGAACAAGCUGGAGAGGUUUCACAGUUCGGUUCUUCAGGAGCUGAGCAACUUGGAGGAGAAUCUUCAGGGUCUCAAAGGCCUCGAAGAGGAUGCUCUGGAGUUCUGGGAGAAACAGUCGGCUGACUUGGAGUCAUUCUGUGAUCAGCAAGAGCUGAGGUUUAACUCAGCUCAGCCUUUAUGAGGAUAGCCAAAGCCUGGCUUUAUGACUGUACCCCUCAGGACAAUAGCCUGAGGAGGGAGCUGGAGUCUGUGGUGCCUUGGCCCAGG